UAUUAUUUAAAAGUUGGCAAUCUUGUAAUAAUAAAAUGUUUUGACAGUUCAAGAUGGCGGACGCCACUAAAGCUCAGCGAAUUUUGGCUGCGAAAAAGCUGGUAAAGGAGUAUCAAAAGACGAAAAAAUCGAAAAGUACCCCCGGAGAUAGUUUAACAAAUUCAACUCAUAGUUCACUAAAUGAAGCCCCACAUAUUGAUGAAGCCGAUCAAUUUCAAAGUCACAGUUCUUCACCCUUACAACAAUAUUUUAGUGGGGGACAACAUCAAGAACCAACAACAGCAAGUUUUUUCGACAAUAUUCCACAUAAUAAUGUACCAUCACAAGGGAAUCAAGAUUUUUAUAGUUUUGAUCAUGUUAAUUUUAACAAAAAUGUUGAUAAGGAGACAAAUCAAGUGAAUACAAAUGUAUAUUUUCAAUCUGUUGAGGAUUCUUUAAGUUAUGAUGACCCGGAAAUUAAACCCAAUGAGAUUUAUGAUAAUUUACAUAAACAUAAUCAUGUGACUAUUGAAGAUGCAAUCCAAUUAAAUGAUUACUUAAAAAAUGAUAAUCAAGUGGAUGUGGGUGAUGUUAAAGAAGAGAAUGGGAAAGUUGAAGGGAAUAUGGAGAGUUUAAAGCAACUUUCGACUCAAAUUAUUCAAUUAAUUGAUGAUAAUUCAGUUCCGGAUGGUAUUUUGCAAAGUAAUCGUGAGUUAGAAUCAAAGUAUGCAGAAACUUUGACGUUAUUGCAAGAAGAAAAGUUUCGGAAUAAUAAUUUAAUGGAAGAAUUAAAGAUUUAUCGCGAAAAAGUUAAUUAUCUAGAAAAUGAUUUUUAUCAAAAACAACAAAUGCCAUCAGAUGAAAAACAAGGAUUAUUAGAUGAGAUUGAACGUCAUGAACAAACAGUAAAGUUUCUAGUUGCAGAAAAAAGUGAUUUAGAUAAAAUUGUUGCUCAAAGAGACACCGAAUUAAAAGAAAAAUUAACGGAAUGUGGCGAAUUAAACGCUCGAUUAAAAACGUCGAGAUCACGCGUGGCUGAUUUAGAGAGAGAAUUAACCCUUUUAAAAGAAAGCAAGCUUCGAAAUAAUAUUCCUGUUGAGGAAAACGAGAAAUAUGUUGAAACAUUAAAUGAAUGUGCCACUUUAAGAGGUCAAAGGGAUGAGAUGCAACAAGAUAUUUCAGAAUUGCAACAAAAAUUAAAUACAAGUAGCUCAGAAAAUGCUAAAUUAAGGAUGGAAAUUCAAGAGUUAACCUCUCAAUUAUCUUUGCUUAAUAUAAAGCUUCAACAAGUUACUUCGGGGGAUACCCAAAACAAUUUUCAAAUGGAAAAUUUAUCACUUCAACUUCAAGGGUAUGAAAAACAAAAUUUCGAAUUACAAAACAUAAUUAAAAAUUUAUCCAACGAAAAAGAACAAGCUGCCAUUCAAUACCAACAAUAUGUCCAACAAUUAAAUGGACAAUUAAAUAAUUUGUCCCAAAAACUAGAAGAAAAAAUCCGCGAAAAUGAAUCGUUAAUCGGAAGAGAACGCGACCUCACCAAUCAAAUGGUCGAAUUGGAAAUGUUGCUCCAAAAAAUGCAAGAAGAUCAAAAUCAAAUUCAUUCAAAACCACACUCUAACAGUGGAGUCGAAUUAAUCGAAUUACAAGAAUGUUUGAGGAAAAUUGAGGACGAAAAGAAGCUUUUAGAGGAAUCUUAUGUGGAGGUUAAAGGAGAACGGGACGAAGUUUUUAAGGAAUUGGAGCUAAAACGGGAUGAAAUGAUGCAAUUGGAGGAUAUGGUUUCGCAUUUGAGGAAUAAUCAACCUGAUAGCGUUAAAUUAUUAGCUGAAAUGGAAAGCGAUAAAGUCGCCGCGUCUCGAGCUGUUGCACAAAAUGAAGAAUUAAAAAGCCAAUUAACCGAAAUGCAAAAUGCUUUUAUUAAAAUUAGUAACGAAAAAUUAGAAUUGGCUGAACAAUUAAGUAACGCAAAACAUAAAACGAAAGAAGCUGAAGACCAAUUGGGUCAUUUAGAAUCUCAAAUACACACAUUAUCCGAUGCUAUAGCUAUAAAAGAUAAAGAAAUGUAUUCGUUACGAGAAAGCGCAGCGGAAAUGAAUCGAUUUGUGGUCCAACAGAAUCAAUUGGAAGAUAGAUUGAGGCAUUAUGAGGCUCACGAUCAUAGUACACACGCUUUACAACACGAAUUACAACAGUCUUAUAUGAAAUUGCAAACAUUAACAACCGAAAAUAAUAGUCUAAAACUAAAUAUGAAUAAUCUCGAGGGUAAAUUUAAUAAGUUAUUAAUUGAAAAAGAAAGUAAAGUUGAGGAAAAUGAAGAAAAAUCGGAAAAUUCUUCCCAAUCACUUUUAAAUAAAAUUGAAAAUUUAGAAAAAAUUAAUAAAGAAUUAGAAUUAAAACUCUCUACACAAAUUGAUGGGGUAAAUAACACAAAUAUUGAGGGAUUAGAUAACGAAAAUAUUUCCCAAAAAGAUGCAAUGAAACAAUUAGAAAUAAAAUUUACGAAAAUGAUGGAGGAAAUUGCGAAUUUAGAGGAUGAAAAGCAACGAUUAGAACAUUUAGUUUUACAACUUCAAGAUGAAACUGAAACAAUUGGAGAAUAUGUCACGUUAUACCAACAUCAAAGGGGUGUUUUAAAACAAAGAACGUCAGAAAAAGAAGAAGAAAUGCGACAACUUGCCAUUGAUAAAGAACAUAUGAAACAAAAAAUUGAUCAAUUAAAUAAUUUGAUUAAUCGAUUGAUGAUUGAGAGGGAUGAUAUCGCUUUGGACGCGUUACAACACCAAACCGUGGAUAAAUCUCAACUUUGUUUGGAGCACGCUAAAGUUCAUCAAGAAAUGGAAUCGAAAGCGGGUAACAAAGAGUUUAAUAACAACACGAAAACGGCUGAGAAAAUUAUUGAGUUGUUGAGCGAAAUUAAAACGAGCAGUUUGGUUCAAUCGAAUGGUUUAGAAAAUUUUCAUCCUUGCCCAUGGUGUUCUGGUCAACUUAUAACGGUGUAAAAAAAAAAUUAAUUUAAAUACACUCGUUGGGAGUUAUAAAAUUUUAGAGUAACAUUUUGUACUUUUUAAGACCCUUUUUUUUGAGUAUUCAAGUAAUUUGCGUUGGUUGUAAAUAAUGCAUUUGUAAUAUAUUUUUUUAUUGUGUAUAUUAAGAAAAAAAAGGUUAUGAUUUAAGAAGAUAAUGAAGAUUGAUUGUGUUUAUUCAAAUAUAAAGAAGUUGAUGAAUUAAAAUGAAAUAAUUUUAAGUUGUAUUAUAAGGUAAUGAUUAUGCAGAAAGAAAUUUAAUGGAUCGUUUGAUUAU